AUGCACACAGUACCUACAAUGUCGCAACCCGAACCCUCUCGCAAACGGAUCAUCCUCUGCUGCGACGGGAGUGGCCAAUCAGCCGUCUCAGGCGAAGCCAGCAUCCCCUCCAACGUAACCAGACUCUGUCGCGCCAUCAACAGCGUCGCAGCCACCGAUCGAACAUGGCAACAAGUCGUCUGGUACGAUUCCGGUGUCGGCACCAACUCCGCCGGUCAAAUCCCCGCCAGCAAAGACCUGGAAGGCAACGUGAUCGAAGCAUACAACUUCUGCGUCUUGAACUGGAACCCAGGGGAUCAGAUCCUGUGCUUUGGGUUCUCGCGGGGCGCAUACACGGCGCGCGCGAUCGCAGGCUUGAUCUCUGAUUUGGGGAUCUGCUCCAAGGUCGAUAUUCAGGAUUUUCCGGUCAUUUGGAAACUUUACAAGAGUGGGCAUCCGGCGGUUACUGGAGAGAGGUUUUAUGGGAGUGAUGCGUAUUUGGAGUGGCAGGAUGGAAAGCCUGCGGACCCGCAGCCUGUUGAGAGAUUUGGAGAGAGGAUUGUGUGGGAGUCUGUUGGUAGGGGGGAGUGGGCGAGACCUGGGUCUAGAGAAGUUGAGGUUGUGGGUGUUUUUGACACUGUUGGGGCCUUGGGAUUCCCUGAGGUCUUUGGGUACGAAGUGCCGAAAUGGUUGACCUGGACUGAUAAGCCAGAGUGGCAUAAUGUUGGGCUUUCUCCAAAUAUCAAACAUGCCUUUCAGGCACUCGCUCUGGAUGAGCACCGCGCCGCAUUUACACCGACAUUGUUCUAUGUGCCAACAGUGGAAAAGACUACACCAGAGGACAUUUCCAAACAGCAGAAUUUGCACAAAGUGGCUACCAAAACUUGGCUUGACCUGUUGUUGACAGAGAAACCAUCCACUGAGGACAUCAAGCGUGUGCUGAAAUCGAAGAAUGAAGCCGCCCGCAAGCUUCUCGACCUAGAAGACAGUCAGAAGGAACGCCCGAAGUUGGUCCAAGUCUGGUUCCCUGGAAACCACAUCAACAUCGGUGGCGGGUCAACCCUAACCCUAGAGAACAAGGGCAACAUGGAAGAAAUGUCGAACAUCGUCUUUGCUUGGAUGUUAGACCAAAUCAAAGGAUUCGUUUCUUUGAAUGACGAAGUCCUACAGAAGGAUCAAAUUGCGCGCCGUGCCAGACUAGUGAAGAUCAACAAGGACCUGCACCGGUAUACUGAGCAUAAUGGACAGCUGCAGAAUGAGUCAUGGUCCAAGUGGCUCCAGCGAGGUGGUGAGUGGGUUGCUUCGUCGAUAUUACACCCUCUCACCCCAAGCAAUAAGCCGGCAUACAUGAGUGAGCGCAUCUAUACAUGGGGUCUGGGUGACUUGCCCGACAACUUUGGAAUUCUUUAUGUUGCCAACGGAUCUAGGCCACGCACUCCCGGCCGUUAUGCUAUUGUGAAUGGGCAAAAGCUCGGCGAGACCUUUGAGAGAAUUCAUCCUGUUGUGGGAUAUAGGGUUGAACAGACGAAGAAUGAAGUGAAGAGCAAGCAAUAUCGUCCUAUCUGGCUUGCUGGAGACAGCUAUGAGCGACAAAAGAAAGGUUGCAGCUAUGAAUAUCGACUCAGAUACCCUGGGAUGUCUUCGCAUGAAGUUCUACCAGAAUGGCAGAUCUCAGCGGAUGCCAACUCCUAUGAAAGACUGGUGAUUGAGGGUGAUGCAGCGUAUGACUAUGUUGAUGCUUUGGAUGUUGAAUUGGGGAGGAAGAUCAAAACCUCACGGUCUCGAACUUGGUCAAGGGAACUGAUUUCACACACAGGCUAG